AUCUCACCGAGCACUUGGCUUGAGUGGUCACAGAGUUUGUUAUGUCGAGUGAUUUUAAGAUUUCAGUGGGAUAUAAUCCCAUAAACAAAAGUAACACUUUCACUAGUGGGGAUUACAUCACUGGAAAAAUAACAUUAGAAGUGACAAAAGAAUGCAAAAUAGAGUCCCUUGGUAUAAAGCUGAAGGGAAAAGCAGAAGUCAAAUGGACAGAAUAUUAUGGAAGAAUGGCCGUAACCUAUCACAAGAAAGAGAAGUACUUCAGCAUCAAGCAAGAUGUAAUUCAGGCAAGCCAGGGUAACAACAUUGUGGGCCAGGGCUGUCAUGUCUACCCAUUCACCUUUCAAAUCCCUGCACAAGACCUGCCAUCAUCCUUUAAAAGCUCCCAUGGAAAGAUCCGCUACACUCUGGAGGCAAUUCUAAGCCGGUCGAUGAGAAUGGACAGCAAAGCCAAGGCUGAGUUCACUCUUAUCUACAAUGGGAACCUAAACAGUGAUCCAUUAGUGAUGGCUCCUCAGCACCAGGCCACUGACAAGAAAAUGAAGCUUUUUACAUCAGGAACAGUAGGGAUGGAUGUAAAUAUCACAAGGACAGGGUUCCACCAAGGGGAAGGCAUAAAGGUUGUGGCCUCCAUCCAGAACAGAUCAUCUCGUGAAAUCAAGCCCAAGUACUGUUUGUAUAAGAAGUACAGUUACUUUGCAAGUGGAAAGAGGAAAGUUGAAACUAAGGACAUCCUAAGAGAGGUGGGUGAACCCAUCCCACCUUCAGCCGGCCAGACUGUCACCAGGACCAUCACCAUCCCGCCUGACACGUGUGUGUCUAUCCUUAACUGUCAAAUCAUCAAAGCAGAGUACAGGCUCAGUGUCUACCUGGAUGUCAAGUAUGCUUCAGACCCCCAGAUCAAGUUUCCCAUACUCAUCCUACCAGCUUUACCGGGGCCUGAAAUGGAGCAGCAGCCUGCUUACCCUGGCUACGGAUUUGGUGUGUUUGCAAACUACGACCAGCAAGGAGGCAACAACUUCCUACAUAUUCCACCAUCCACAGGCCCUUCUGCUCCACCUCCACCCUAUGGGACAUACGAGAUGUACCCCUCUUUGGCUGUUUUUGAUAAAAAGCCUUAGAAUGUAUUUGCUAAAUCUCAGUUAGAAAAAUGACUCUGUAUUAAGAACAAACACUAGAGUCACACAUGUUUUGAUAAAUCCUAGUUUUCCAGAAUAAUGAAAAGAACUAUGGGAGUGUAAAGAUUGUCUUGUAUAAAAUAAAGAAUAAAUAAACAACAAUAUUACUCCUUUGUGGAGUUAGUUAUCUCCCAGGCAGAAUGGGAUGAUAUGAUUUCAGUAAAUGUCUUUCCUAACUUGAUCUUGUGUUGUCGGUGUUGUUCAAUAAGUAAAACUCAUUUACGUCAGUUAUUUACAUACGUCAUGAACAAUGUGGUUUUGAAUCGGGCUGAUGUGGGUGUGGGCUUGUCUGGGCCUGUGACAGUACUUUAAAGCUGAACUGCAGCGCCCUCAAAUGUUUAAAAAACAUAUCACUUUUGAACAAUUCAAGUUUUAACAUUUUAACAAUUAAAAACAAGCUGAGUAAAAAUC